UGGUGACUUUUCAAGAGCGUCCAAACACGCAACUCAUACGACGUCCCUUCACCGUAGUGGGAUUCGUAAACUCGCGCUCUGGACUCACUGGUUGAAAUCCAGCUGCUUGCACGAGACCAAGUCAGCUCUACACGCACAGCGCCCACAACAUGGCUGGGAAGAUCCAGACUCUUACUAUGGAGGAGAGGGAGCACCUCCUGCCCAUGAUGAGGAACGCUCAGUGGGUGGAGGUGGUGGGGAGGGAUGCCAUUUACAAAGAGUUCCUCUUCAAAGACUUCAACCAGGCUUUUGGAUUCAUGUCCAGAGUAGCAUUACAGGCUGAGAAAAUGGAUCAUCACCCUGAAUGGUUUAAUGUGUAUAAUAAGGUUCAGAUCACUCUCAGUACUCAUGAAUGUGGAGGACUCUCACAACGGGACAUCACCCUCGCAACUUUCAUAGAUCAGGCCUCUGUCCUCUGAAUAGACCCUCUCACUUGAAAAACUUGUCAGUCAACCUCUGUAGCCUGUAAAA